UGAUAGCUAGCAGGCCAGUUGCAUGAAGGAGUUCCAUGAUCCGUUCUUGAUGAUCUUCUUUGCAACCUUUGAUUGUCAUAUAAUAUAUACUAUUACCACCAAGAAUGAUGAUGAUAUGCAAGUUAAUUCAGAAGAAAAACGAGUCUUCAUGAGGUUCUUAGCUAGCUAGGGAGUUGAAGGCCGUCUGGUUUGAAGAGAGAUCACAGGAAGAGCUGCAUGGUUUAAUUAUCUAACCCCAUCGUCUGUUUCAUAGCCUAAAAUCGAUUUAUCUCUCAUUCCUCCAAAGGAACAGUAAGGAUAUUUUCCUCACUUGAUCCCAUCAAGCUAGCGAUCGAAGAUGAAUAUUGGAUCAAUGCACUCAGAUGAGGAUGAUUUCUACCUUCCCCUCUGGCCAACUUCCUCUACUACUUUAUCAGCUUCUUCGUUUACUUCUCAUGAUCAAUCUGGCAACUCUGGUACCAUAGGGCUCUUUAAUGAAUUGAUUACAUCUGACUCAAGCUUCCAAACCCUAGACGCUCCAUCUCUACCAAUGCAUUCACAAUAUUAUAGUACUACUGCCGAGGUUCAUGCAGAGGAUAUUAAUUUUCUCAAAAACGUUAAUUCUGAAUUAGAUCCUCAACUUCCGAUGCCUGAAUUAUCCGACGAGUACCCAUCUUUAUGGCCUGAAGUUCCACCGACACUUCGCCAAUAUUACACACAGGAAAUGCCUAACGAAAAUCCCCAAGAAAUCCAGCCUGAAUUUCCAUUGUCAACUUAUACAUUUCCGGAGGGAAAUGUACUUGAGGGUUGGAUGGGUACUAAUCAAGAAAAUAUUAUUAAUGGAGCUACAAAUAAUCUCAGCAAUAUUGUUGAAGGGAACCCGGCAAGUUCCCAUAAUGGUAUUGGUGGAUCAGAGGAUCAUGCAGGCAGUAAUCAAACUGGUAAAACAUCACAGCUUCCUGAUAAUCGUGUCGAUCGUCGUAGGGGAUUCCGUAAAAAGCCAAAGCGCUCACUUGGUGAGAGAGGCUCAAUCUACAGAGGAGUUAGUAGAUACACUGGACGUUUUGAAGCAUUUCUGUGGGAUAACACUAACCCAGGAGAGAAACCAAAGACAGUUUAUGUUGGUGGUUUUGAUAACGAAAAGGAAGCGGCUAGGGCUUAUGAUUUGGCUGCUCUCAAGUUAUGGGGCGAGGCUGCACCAAUAAAUUUUUCUCUGAGUGACUACAAGAAGGAAAUGGAGGAGAUGCAGUACAUGACAAAGAAAGAAUAUUUGCUCAGCAUUAGAAGAAAGAGUAGAGGCUUCUCCAAGGGAAUCUCAAGUUACCGUGGAGUUUCAAGGAACUCCGACUAUAAGAAAUGGCAAGCCAGGCUAGGGAAAGGUAGAGGAAUGAGAAGCAUUUAUAUUGGAACAUUUGGUACUGAAGAGGAAGCAGCCAGAGCUUAUGAUGUUGCAGCCAUAAGAAUGAAAGGAUUGAAAGCUGUCACCAAUUUUGAACUGAGCAACUACGAUGUCAAUGGCAUACUCGCAUGCGAAAAGCUUCCGAUCGGCAAGGGCGCUUCGAAGGUGUUAAAGAAGACUUCAGUGGAUGAUUUUCUUCUUACGAAAAGAAACACCGGAAAGACCCCCACAUUAUGCUCGCCGUUAGAAAACCCAAGCAGCUCUCAGCCCAACUCACAACAUGAGCAAUCAUUUGAACAGUUUAACACGUUGGCAACAGCCCCAAACAACCAGAUCAUUUCUCCGUACUUUCAGCAGAACUGCAAUAAUGCCAACCAAGUUUUUCAUCAGAACCUUAGCUCCUCCUUUCCGCUUUAUGCCACUCAGGAAUUGACUCAAAUUGGUGGAGGGGAGACAUCUGGUGGAAAUCUGAGUGAGAGCUCGAAUUUGGUGUUUCCAUGUAAUGGUGUUUGGGGGAGCACAGCUUGACAAU